GGAAUAUUUAUUCAACAUGGCGGAAUAUAUGUGCAUGACAAACCUUCUAAAUAUUUACAAAACCAAAGAAUUGUAAGCAGUUGAUUUUCCUUCCAAGAUGGCGCAAUGGUAGAACUCCAAAAGAACACAGUUUCCUCUUUUGGCUGAAUUCUCAAGUGGCUUGUGCAUGCACAGCUUAUGUAAUUGGAGCUUCGAUUCUCAGAGAUGCAAGAUGUGAAAUGAAUAUACUGAAUACAGUUGUAACAAAUGGUAUAAACCUAGUUAACUAUUUAUUGGGUUGAGCAUGGCUGUCUCACCCUAGUGUGCUCUCAACACUACAGAAGAACUAUAAAUAAUGGAUGAGCGACGAGUUGCAGACUACUUCAUUGUGGCCGGGUUACCGGAGAACCCUUUGCCACUGGAGGAGUAUGCAAAUGAAGCGGUCAUCAAACCAACCUACAAACAGGACCCUAUCACAGAUAUAGGUGUCAUCAACAAAACCCUCGGAGAGAAGGUUCCUAAAGGGUUCAUCUGUCUGGAUAGAACGGUGGAUGGGUUCCCCGCUGAUCUUAACCAUGGUAGCCUACGCUGUGCUGAAAUGUAUCUGUGUUACCGCAGGAGUAGGGAGAAAACGCCACUCACAGAUGUUGGCGUAUUGUAUGAAGGGAAAGAACGUCUGAUGUCAGAGUGCGAGGUUGUACAUACCACGCCGUUCGGGAGUCCCGCCAAUGUAAACAACAGCAGUAAUGGUCGUACGUAUAUCACAUACCGCAGAGCCCGAGACACGGCUGCCAGCGACACUCUGGCUGUGGUGGAUAUUUGUGUUAUACUCACCAACAAGGGAGAAAUUCCACCUCAUGCUUACCACAGAAUAGAGAAGAAUCUAAACAGAGGAAUGGUCGGAUCAGAUGUCUACCUGUGCUACAAAAAGGCGAUGACCAAGAUGGAUGUCCUGGCCUAUCAGCCAUCUUGUUUGGACCGGUACCCGAGAGAGGAUCAUCUGAGUUUCCCACUACCAGAAUCAGUACCCCUAUUCUGUCUACCUAUGGGGGCCUCCAUCGAGUGUUGGUCCGCCAAGGCCCAGCAUCCUCUGCCCGUCUUCUCCACAUUUGUUCUGACAGGGUCAGCUGGAGAACAGCUUUAUGGUGCUGCUGUGACAUUUUAUGAAGAAUUUCCGGAAGAAAGACUCACAGAUCUACAAAAGCGUCACCUUGGCCUGAAGAAUAAACACAUUCGGGAACAGUACCGUAUCCUAAAGACUGUCCAUGCUCACAAAAGUAUUUGUUUGCUUUCUCAUUGGCCCUUCUUUGAUGCUUUCCGCAAGUUCUUGACUUACCUGUACCGUAUUUCCAUCACCGGGCCCCACUCGGUUCCUCUGGAGAGACAUAUUUCCCACUUCAUGUAUGAUGUACCGUACCCUUCUCCUCAGAGGCCUCGUAUUCUGGUCCAGCUGAACCACGAAGCCCUGUGUCUGUCUAUGCCAUCGGAUUCUCCGUUACCACAGAGCGGAGCUUCCUAUAUCACAAUGCUGAAGAACCUGGGUCCGGAGAACUGUAUGAACCUACUGCUACACGUACUGGUGGAGCAGAAGAUCCUUCUCCAUUCCUUACGGCCCGCUGUUCUCACAGGCGUGGCAGAGUCUGUGGCCAAUAUGUUGUUCCCCCUACACUGGCAGUGUGCCUACAUUCCUUUGUGUCCACUGGGUCUCUCCUACGUCCUUAGCGCACCAGUGCCGUUCAUUGUUGGAGUGGACACUCGCUACUUCGACCUGUACGAUCCACCGCCGGAGGUCGUCUGUGUAGAUCUAGACACAAUCGCAAUAUUUCUUCCUGAUGACAAAAAGAACACAUCAUACAAACAGUUCCCAAAGAAAGCUGCCCGUGUCCUGUAUAACACUCUACACCGACUGUUUGAUGAGCUGUGUGCCCAGCGUUCACACACACACAGCAUAGAUGAAAUCUCACUGGAGAUGGCUCCCAUAGAUCACGACUUCAAACGCAAACGCAAGGAGACACUGAUGGAGCUACAGAUUCAGGAGGCCUUCCUGCGGUUCAUGGCCUGCGUAUUAAAAGGGUACAAACAAUACCUAAAACCUAUCACCCGUGCUCCCACUCAAAAUACAACGGACGCCACAUCUCUGUUCGACAUGCAAGGGUUUUUGAAGAGUAGAGACAAAGCUAAUAUUAAGUUUUACAACCAGCUGGUGAAAACCCAGACUUUCAUCCGAUUCAUUGAGGAGCGGUCUUUUGUAUCCGACAAAGAUGCUAGUCUUGCCUUCUUUGACGAAUGCACAGAAAAGGUGGAUGAAACAAAAGAAGAACCAAAGCUCAUAGAAAUUGAUGAUUCUCAAAACAGUGAGAGAACUGUGUUUAUCCUGCCACCCGAGCCAGUGGGACUUCCUGAAGGUGUCAAGUACAGCUAUAAUGGAUUCCCAGAACUGAAGCAUGAGCUGUUCAUGAAGAAAAAAGUGUCCGAGUUAUCUCUUCCUUCAAAAGGUCCUGUCUGUCCUAACAGCCCAAUCUCUCGGCGCACCAAACAGGAAGUGAGGACGGCACAGAAGAAUGCUGUGCAAAACUCUACUGAUCCUAUGUUGUGGGCAAAGUGUCUGCUGAGUCACUGCUACAGCCUGUGGUUUAUCCACCUGCCAGCGUACGUGAGUGCCUGUCCGUCCAAAAACAAGGCAUUGAAGGCAGCCUAUGAUGUACUACAGAAAAUGAAGCUGGCAAAACUCCAACCUCCUGACGAGGUGUGUUACAGGGUGAUGCUGCAGUUGUGUGGACAGUAUAACAUGCCGGUCUUGGCUGUCAAGGUACAUUCCCAGAUGAAGAUGGCUGGAGUCCACCCCAACGCCAUAACGUAUGGAUUUUACAACAAGGCUGUGUUUGAGGGAACCUGGCCGUCCUCCAGAAGUCGCGGGGCUGUACUUUGGAAAAAAGUACGGAAUGUGAUAAUUGGUGUUGCUCAGUUCCGCCGCGCCAUCCGUCGACGGAGCAUAUCUAUAUGUUCCAAUUCAGGGAGCGACUAUGAUCAAAUCAGCCGAACUAGUAUAGACAGUUUUUUGGAGGACACUGGGGAGAAGCAACACAGUAUCAUCAAGUCUGACAUCGUGGUCUCGGACACGGCGGGUGUUAGCAGUGAGAACCCCACUGUGACGUCGAUUAUCAGCCAGGAGAGUGCCAGUUCAGGAAUAGUAUCUGACCGUGGCUACAAUUCCAUGACCUAUGAUGAAGCUAAAACCAUUGUACAAGGGGUGUCAAUGACAAUCCUGGAAGACAAGGAGCUGGGCAAAGUAAACAAGGAUAACAAGUCUUCUCUCCGCUUCACUCUGCCACGGAAACACAAUUCAGUUCGGACAUCAGGAAAGAAAGACCUUGAGUUUCCUGCCAGUGAUGCUGACCCGACAGCAUUCCGAUCCCGAGUCGGAAGCAUUGUACGGAAAUCCCUGGGCAGUAUUGGAAGUAUUGGUAGUCACGAGACAUUAAAAGGCAGUCUAAUGAGUUUGUCAUCUACUGGAUUAAUCAUGGUGAAUGAAAGUGUCCAACCUAAUGAAUAUCAAAGACAGUUAUCCUUUGAGAACAACAAUGGAAAGAGAAAGCGCCACAAGAGUGCUGGCGAUUACAACAAGCCUCGUUCUCAUAGUGUGAGCGAGAACUGGCGCCCGCGUCACGUCAGCGGAGAGGACCGCCUUUUCCUCAAAUUCAGUGAACUGGAAGGGAAGCACAGUGAUGACGACAUAUUUGAAGUGGAGCUUGAUAAACCUGAGGAUAGUGGUCUAUCUGACGAGGCACGGACUAGUGACGACACAAAGGAUAGUGGGGUAGUGCUAGAUGAGUGUCGUGUGCAGGUUAGUGACCAUAAUUAUACUCCGACUAGCUCGGCCAGGCCUAUGUCUAUCCCUAUAGAUAUGAAAUCGUCUUCCAUGUCCAACUCGGUCAGUGCACCGGAGACACUUGACUCGUCCCCUAUACUACAUUCCAUUGGUACCCCCGUAACAACAAAUGACCCCCUGGGUUUGUUCAUGGACAACACUCAAAAUAUACCCCCUUCUGAUUCUCGGUCCAUAAUUUCCAGUGAGACUAAUGUGACAUUUUCCCAGUGUGUGUCACCUCAGUAUGAGAUUAAUACGCUGCCAGAAUCUAGUGAUAAAUUUGAUUUUAACGAAACUAUUUCAAGUUCUGGCAUCACUGCUCACGAGUGCAAUAUUGGUGAAGAAACGACAAGGACUAGAUCAAUCAGUGAAAAUAAAACUGUGUUUUGUCUGGGUUCAGCACAGAGCUUAGAUGCUGUUAGUAUCACAAGUACUGGUUCCCAGCCUCUUUCCCCAGUGGAAAAAAUAGGAAAGAGGUUGAUGGAUAUUGGGAGAACAAAUAGUUCUCCAGGAUCCCUGGACAACGUGGAGAAACCUGGGCGUGGAUUUUGGCCUGUUAAGGGCUAUUUACAGUCUUUAUCGUCCUCUUUCAAAAAAUCUAACGAUUCCUUGGAUGAGAAACAAGAAUCUAGUCAAGCCACUACCCCAGACACCCGUGGGCAGCGAAAAGUAGGAAGUUUUCGAAAGCAUAAUGAGCGCCUGAGUGGUGCAUUAAAAUCUGGAUUUGGAGCUCUUGCUAACAAGUUCAGCGAGAUAAAACAGACAAUGAGUACUCCGACAAAGAUGGGUUCGAACUCGUCACUGUCACAUACAGGUGAUAACGAUAGCCUACACAGCGAGGAUGGACUCACACACCACCACAGGGGGGCGCUGGAUGUACCCCCUAGGAAGUCUGCCAUGGGAUCAGACAGGGAUCUGCGGCGCGGUGAUGCACACGACGAAUCCAAAGAUACCGCCACUGCGUUGCCCGUUGGAAGUUUCUUGCCAUCUUCGUCAUUCAUGGAGCAGUACAUUCCACUGAAGGAGUUCGGAGAGCAGAAGUCGGUACAUUUCGCGAGCUUGGCUCCAUCACUAAAUGACAUCGCCAUCGAGACGGAGAUCAGCAGUUGUUGUCGCUGUACACGGUGUAAAGCUCUGUUGUACGACGAGGAAAUCAUGAGUGGCUGGUUGGCUGACGACUCCAAUCUAAACUCAACGUGUGUAUUUUGUCAGACAAAGAUUGUACCGCGACUACAGAUUUAUGUAAAGGACUGGAGAGAUCAUCACAGCAAUACAGUUAUUGACGACAUGGACGUGAACGACCUUGUAGACAAAGUGGAAGAGCACCAUAUGCGACCGAGAGACCAUGACGGAGACUCUGUGUCGGAGACUUCCACAAAUGAUCCCUGGGUUCUCCAGGACAACUCGUCAUUGGGAAGCGUAGAAAAUAACAACUUUUUCUUCCCCGGGGAAGACAGUCUGGACGGCGAUGGUCAUGCCAGUCCCAUCCAGUCUCAUCGCUCCGCACGGAAGGACGCUCAUCUGGCAGAGGCUGCUCUUUGCUCAAGUCCAUCAGGUACAAGUGGUAGCUCCGAGUUUGACGUUACGUCCCGUCGGCGGUGUACAAGUGAAUGCCUGACCAGUGCCACGGAUAUGAUGUUUGGCACCUCGUUUGACUCCAUGGAUAACUUCCAGAGUCAGUUCAUACGCUCCCCACUCAACAUCUCCAUAGAGGAGGAUAAUGAGCUACCGACCCGGCCGUCAGAUCUACCGGAGAUGAAGAAGGAUUUCAUGGAGAGGGGUACGACGUCCAUGGACCCCAUCACUGUGCCAUACCUGAGUCCUUUAGUGUUGAGAAAAGAGCUGGAGAACAUACUUAAUAGCGAGGGAGAUAUGUCUAUCAGCGUAGACGUCUUCCUUGACGAACAUCCCAUAAUAUUCUGGAACCUGGUUUGGUAUUUCAAGAGGAUAGAGGUACCUAGCCACAUGCCUGGAUUAUUACUGACAGCUAAAUCUACUAACGCUAAACCAGUUAAGUCCACAGCUGUGUACACGAGUCAACACGUGUUGAUUCGACCUCUGUGGGACAAUAUUCGUAUACAUGAUGAGGUGGGACUUCCUAUGUACAAGCUCUGGAAUGAAGGUCACAGUUCCCAUACUGUAGAUGCCUUGAUUACAGAGCAACAGCUAUUUAACAGAGCAACACUCCAUCAGAUUAUUACCAAUAUUCAAUGUAAUGAUGUCCUGUCACCCAUCAAAAUGAUUGGGAACUGUCGGCGGCGUCACAGACUGCGGAGACCUAAAUACAGGAGUUUGUAUCGUGAAAUGUUAUUCCUGGCCUUUACUGCGUGUGGCAGGGAAAACAUAGAUCAUGAUGCAUUUGAUAGAGAAUACAGACAAGCGUUCAACAGAUUAUUACCGAUGGAGGUUAAACGACUUCAGCGCAAUGAUCGUCCGAGGAAGACAAAGGUCAUUUGGUGUCGCAAGGUGUUCGGGGAGUUGGAAGUAUGAUAACCAUGGAACAAAGAAUGUUUGAUUAAAUUGUGUUUAAAACGGAAAACCAGGUUUAUGAACCGUCAUAUGGGACAAUUAUGUGUUUUAAAGGGAUAUAAGGUUAUAAAUAAUAUUUUUACGAUUCUUUACUUUUUUUCUCGUUUUCGCAUCAUUGAAGAAAGUAGAUGAUAGAUAUAUUAUUAAGAAAUUCUGCAUAAUGAUAUUGAGGAAUCGGUGAGAAACUACGAGGAUUACUAUAUACUGGAGACAUUGAGACUGGUUCGUGAUACGAACUACCAACAAGGUUAGAUCAAGUGCAAUGCCAAAAAAUCUAUUUUGUGACAGUUGAAAUGUGAUGUUUUAAUUUAUCAGCCCGUUCUGAUUAUAUGUGUAGAUAGAUACAAUUUUGUGCUGUAAAUGUUUGCGAGGACUACCUGGGAAAACGCUGUUGGCUUAUAUUAUCAAAAAUACCUGACGCUUAUAGUAUGUUAGUGUUAGGGCUUUUCUCUGCUUUCACCCUUUCACCACUGUAGAUCAUAAUGGACUCAUCCUAAUAAAUGAGUGGUAGAGUCUACUACAGUUACCUAGGGGUGAAAGGGUUAAUACAAUUAGUAGUUAUUAUGGGAUGGUAAUUAUCUAGGAAAGAGUGUGGGCUGUGCUUUAUUUAUUUAUUUCCGUUAUUAUUUUUUUAAUUAUUCAUUUACUUGUAUUUAAAAGCCUGUCUUUCAAAUUAAGUGAAUCCAAAUUUGUAUUUUCUUCAUAAAAAUUUGUCCUUGCCUCGUUUCCUGUUCUCAUCAUAUGUAGUUUAACUUCAUCAGAAUAAACUGAAGAAUUAUUAAGAUUUCAUCUAAAAUCCUAUAUGUAUGGUUUGAAAGACACUAGAUAAUCUUUGGUAAAAAUUGAUUUACACAGUGGUUCUUUACAGCCAAUACCACAAGAAUUUAAAUACGUGGACGUCAUUUCAUGUUAUUUUCUCAUUUAAAUGUCAUUUGUCUAAAUUUUCAGCAAGUUGAAUUGCAGAUGGAAUUUAUGUUGAUUAAAAUAGCGAAAUUACGGGCUGGAAAACAGCAUGAAAUUUUAUGUAACAUUGUUAUAUAAAAUACUGAAAAGAAAAAUUUAGGCAAAAAGAAAAAACACACAUAGUACAAUGUUGUAUAAAGAAGUGGAAGAGUGGAACAAAAUACACUACGGUAUACUGGAAACUUUUCACCACAGUUAAACUUUUGCCUCGUUUUCCCUCCACAUUGAGGGCAAAUUUAUCAUUACAGCAAACAUAAGUAAUCAAUUUAUUAAACAUAGUAAUCAAAUGUGAAAAGCAAAAUUUGCACGGGGCAGACAUGGAUUUUGCCACCAUAGUGCCAAAAUUUGACUGAGUCACACAUUUUCUGAUAUUCAAAAUUAUGUUAAGUAAAAUAAGUAGACUAUACAUUAUAGUGGAACUUCAAAUUAGCUGCAACUGUUACGAUCAGUUGUAGAUGGCAUCAUGCGAGUUCUUGACCCUCGGGUUUUGAUCGUUUUCAAAUGUGUUCGUUUUCAACAUUCUUAAAGAACAUGGAACCUGUGUAAGAAAGGGUAAAUAUGUUGUACCUUUUCUCGUGUUCAAUGGGUUCAAAUGUUGAUCCUUUAAUGUGGUGAUUUGUUUGUAACUUCCCUCUUUUAGCUCUGCUUGCACUUAUUGGCUGAAGAAGAGAAUUAAAGCAUCUGUCCUUUUCCAUGUGUGUGGUUGUCAAUCAACCAGAGAGUCGUAGCCCACUAAGUAGUAAUGUUCAUUGGCUGGUAACCAUAAUGGCCUAAUGAAGUUAAUAUUUUUCUCAAACUUAGGUUUAGGUACCAGCCUAAAUUUCACUACCAUAAAAUGUAGUAAAAUUAAUACACUUUGUGGUGUUUUUUUAAAGAGGCUGCUCCCUUUAACUUAAGCUGUCAUUCCUUAAGGGAAAAUUCAAGUUAAGGAAAAAAUCUUUUUAAAGAUGUUUCAUGAAAUAAUAUGCGCCGGGACAUGUGACAUGCUAUAAAAA